CAGCUCUCCACGCCCUGUCGGGCCCCCAUUCCGAAGCCAGUAGCGGCCUCGGUUCCGGGCCGGGGCAGGCGACCCGGGAGAGGCGGGGACGCAGAUUUGGAUAGUACUGUGACCUAAUAAUUAGGACAGUUGGUGGGAGCAAUGGAAGGCAGCAAGGCAGAAGAGGUGCUGGAUAUUCUCAGACUUAAUGUGGGAGGCUGUAUUUAUACAGCCAGGCGUGAGUCCUUGUGCCGCUUUAAGGAGUCGAUGCUUGCAUCUAUGUUCAGUGGACGAUUUCCUCUAAAGGUGGAUGAAUCUGGGGCUUGUCUUAUUGAUCGUGAUGGAAAUCUGUUUAAAUAUCUUUUGGAUUAUCUUCAUGGGGAAGUUCAGAUUCCUAAAGAUGAGCAAACUCGAAUUGCACUGCAGGAGGAGGCUGAUUACUUUGGCAUCCCUUAUCCUUACAGUUUAUCUGACCACUUGGCCAAUGAAAUGGAGACAUAUGCUUUAAGGUCAAAUAUAGAACUUAAAAAGGCUUUGACAGACUUUUGUGAUUCUUAUGGGUUAGCCUGUAACAAACCUACUGUUUGGGUUCUACACUAUCUCAGCACAUCUGGUGCAAGCUGUGAGAGUAGAAUUAUUGGUGUGUAUGCCACAAAAGCAGAUGGAACUGAUGCAAUUGAUAAACAGCUAGGAGGAAGAAUUCGUAGCAUUUACAAAAGAGAGGCUGGAAAUAAUGUUCAGUACAUUUGGAGCUAUUAUUCAGUAGCUGAAUUGAAGAAGAUGAUGGAUGCAUUUGAUACUUGGGAAGGUGAAGGUGUUAGCUACUGGCGUGUUCCACAGGAAUUGAUAGAAUGCUGGACUCUUGAAGAGCGACCUUUACAGGGAAAUUUUCGUCACAUGGCUCCAAUUAGAAAAAGGCGCUUGAUAGCCUUGAAUGAAGAAGAAGAGGAUGGUGUGAACUGUAAAGCAGGACCUAAACCCAUUAGAUUUUUGGGUCCUUCAACAAGCACACAUAUCAGAGUCAAGAAUUCUUCUUCAGUAAAGGUGAUUACAUCUAAUACUUCAAAAACCUCUUCCCAGAUGACAAUUAAGCGGCCCAGUAGUGGCAGUCAUUUAGUUCGAUGCCAUGCAGGGUCAAAAACCAUACCUGACCCUGGCAUUUCUUCAGUGGCUGUGAAUUCACAAACACCCUAUGGAACUGGAAGUGCAGAAAAUGGUGAAACCCAUACAUCUCCAGUGAAGGCUUCCCUGUCAGAAAAGAAGCCUACCCCUACUCGAGUGAUCAAACUGAAGCGGACUCCUCUGUGUACCGCAACACCUCACCUGUCUUCUCCAGGAAUGAAUAAAACAAACCAUCCCGAAGCCCCGUCUGCUGAAAUGCCCAAUACUUCCAGUGUGUGGGCCCAAAAUGUGAAGAAUGAGAAUAACUAACAGUAACCAGUGUGGACUUAAAAUUUCUUGUCUUUAUUUUUUAGAACUUCUAACCUGUAUGGUACAAUAAGUAUCAUUUGAUACGGUAGUCAUGGAAACUACAAAUUUGAGAGUUACUGGGGAGUUUGUGGGCAAUAGGAGUUUUGACUGAAAGAUUAAAUGGUUAGGACUGAUAUGUUGUUUUUGAAAUUUUGCAACAUUUAGUUUUUACAUAGGCAUAGUUAUGAAUCUCAAAUUUUAAAAGAAUUGCUGGAUUUGUUUUAAUUUUUUUAUGACACAGAGGCAAGCAAAGUAGUCAUCAGAUAAUCUUUGUCCUAACUAAUUCAGGCAAAAAAAAAUGAUAAAUCUAAACUUUGAUUGGGACUGGAGCACUUUCAUAUUUUCAUAUUUAUUGAAAGCCAGGGCUUGGAGUAUGUCACAGUGUUAAUGGACAGCAGUUGGUAUCUAUAUUACUAUAUUCUGUGUUAGUUAAAAGAUUGGAAAACAAAAUGUAGAACUCCUAGGUUUGUUCAAGUGGAAAUAACCCCCAUCCAGUCUAGGCUGUAUGACAGGAAAAUAUGGGAAGGGAGGACAUAUAAGACAAUACUUUGAGAUCAUACCUUGACUCUUAAAAUUUUAAAGAGUGUUUUCUCUUUCUCUCUCUCUCUCUCUCUCUCUCUCUCUCUCUUUCUUUCUUUCUCUUUCUCUCUCUCUCUCUCACACACACACACACACGACCUUUCUUACUGCUUUCCUUUUACAUAUCUGUUUGGAUUUAAUGUAAGGGGAAUUAUUAGGGCAUAAAUUAUAGGGUACUUCUUUAGAAUGAUUUGAUAAGAGGUUGUUUUCUCUUAUUUUGGUUAACAGGAAUUUUUUUUUUUUUUUUUACAUUUUAAAGGCUCUUUGAAACAAUAGAAGUUGGAAGUUUAACUGUCUUCUAAAAUAAAGCUAAUAUUUUUCAAAAAAUGACCAAACACUAAAGGAAGGCACUCAUUACACAACAUAAUUUGUAUGCAUAUAACUUUCCACAUGGGAAGAUGAAUUUAAGAUUUUUUUACAGAAUAUUUGGAUUAAUCAUCUAUUUUUCCAUGAAUAUUCAGUUGCAUAUAUUUUACCUUUUACAUUUUUUAUUUUAUAUCUGAAGUCUUUCUACCUUCAAGGGAUAGUAUGCCUUUUGUGUUUUUACAACUAAUUUCAUAAAACAAUACUUUCUACUUCACUACUCAUCAGAAUAUUCGGAUCGAUUUGAAAGAAUAAGCUAAAGAUCCUUAAGAGGACUAAUUUUACAAAAAUAAAAUAAAACUUUUCCAGAAAAAGAAAUUGUGAUGAUUUUUUUGUGAAUGCAUUUUCCUAGGUCUCAUUGCCCUUUGAUAGUAAUCACAUUUGCAGUUAUGUAGAUUGGGAACUUUUCUUUUGACUUUGAAUAAUGCAGAAAAUAAUUAAACAUAAAUAGAGAAGUAUGCUAUCACAAUAGAUUAUAUUUACAUAUACCAAAGCCUUUGAAUUGGAGUUUUCGUGGUGUAGAAUUUUUAAUAGGUGUAGAAUGUUGAAGAUCUAUGACAGUGCUGCCACAAAGUAACAGUCUCCCAUAUUCUAUGUGUUUAAAGCAUGCAGUCCUUGAAAAAAUACAAUUGGUUUCAAAUACUAUUGAAAAGAUAUACAUCAGAAUAUAGGUAUUCAGAACUUUAAAGAAUAUAUUGAGUUCUCAUAUUUAUCCAGAGGGGCCAGUAUUGGGAGAGAAAGGUAGAUUGUAUUGUUGACAAGUUGUCAGUAUGUUUAAAUAAAGGCAACUAGCAGCUGUGUAGAAGGGCUUUUGCUUACAAGACAAAAGAUAAUUUGAAUUGUUUAGCAAUCCUGUGCCUUUUUUGUUAAAUAUGCGAAAUGAAAUCAAUUUAGCUUAACAAUCCUUUAUUUGGGUUCCUUUGAGAAUUUAUUUGGGGCAAAAUGUAAAGGAAACUGAAGAAACCAUGAUUGGGGAGGGAUAGUUAAAACUGGUGCCAGGAAACAAAGUCAAAUGAAAGGUGUUGGUCUUAUUAAGCUUUUUGUUUUCCUAUCUUGACAUGAUCAUUAGUUUCAUAAACAAAACAAAAUAAAUUCCCAUAACAGCAAAGUACAAAGAUCCUUAAUUAAAAUCUGAUAUAACUUCACAAAUGUAAAUACCUCUAUAAGGGAAAGUGGGUAAGCUUGUGGAUAGCUUGAUACAAUCUGCCAUUCCUGGGAAAAUGACCUGAAAGCACGUCUUAUAGAUUGUGGGUUAUUGAUAUUUUUGUUUUGCAUGCUUCUCCAGUAGCCCUGCAGUUGGUCAGGUAAUGGAAUCUAUAUCAAUGACAUGCAUAUGUUGAUGUCCUUCAGGCCAAAAGUAAUCUUAAUUUACUUUGUUUUCUUCAUGAAAUCUAUAUUUUGAGGAAUGAUUUUACACAGAUAAAAUAAAGACUUCCACUGGAGGAGAGGAUUUGGAGUUAGUCAAAAAAAGUUAAGAAAAUCAUAGUAAUUUUUGGUAUAUUGAGGUCUGACCUUAAGUUGGAUUUAAAGUAUAUUAUAUCAGUUCAGUAAAAAAGACUGAAAAGGGUAUGCUUACCAAGAUUAAAAAAUUCGUUUUUGAGUUGCCAAAAAAAAAAGAUUGCAAAUUAUUACCAACAUGGUCCUUAAAUUGUUCUUUAUAAAUAAAAGCAUCUUUAGUUGAAGUAAUCACAACAAAUAGCUGCACAACAGAUUAAAAAAAGAAAUGCUAUGCCAGUAUAAACUAAGUGGAGGAAUUAAAGUAGAUAGGGUUAGAUAAAGUAGGUAGAUAACUUUUGACUAAGUUCUGGAUAUAAGCUGACCCAGUGAAUUGUGUUGAUUCAAACUGGUGUUCAAGUCAGGUUAACACAACAACACAUCUCAUAGAAUGAAAACAUUUUAGUUUCAGACUCAUUGUCUAGAGCAUUGGGCAAGGAGUUUUAGUAUACUUGAAUUCUAGUACUCUUCUGUGCAGUGCAGAUUUUCCAUUUAUUAAUUGGGAAUCAGAUAGUUGUUUAGUGUCUCCUGCAAAAGGCAAUACAAGGAAAUAUCUUUAAAAAGGUUACAGUAUGGCUAGGGAGAUGACAAUUGAACAGUUACAAACAGGCAAAAAGUAAAUUCCAAAUGAUUAGUAUGAGCAAUAAUUCCUACAGGGAUUACCAGCAAGGAAAAAAUAACUUCCACCUGCAGGUAGUUAGGGAAGGUUUCACUGAAGAGAUGAGAUUUCUAGCUGGCCAUUGGAGGAUUGGAAAGGUUUGUAGAAACAAUGGGGAGGAAGGACAUUUCUUUUGCGGACAUGGCAGUAGCAAUGACAAGAAGCUGGAAAGACAUGAGCUAUGUUCAGAGAAAGGAGAGUACUUGUUCUGAAGCAGAGGGUUUGAGUAGUAAGCAGUAAGUUUGCGAAAGGUUAGGGCCAGAGAUAGAGGGCCUUGAAUGUCAGGCUAAGAAGUUUGAACUUUAUUUUGUAGGCAGAGAAAUGAUGAAAAUGAGUUUUGAGGAUGAAUGUGACAGUGGUUGGAUUGGGAUUGAGUUAAGGCAGCUAUACAUCUACAUAAUUGUAAGGAUCAAUGGCAUUUAUAUGUGAUAGUGCUUUAUUAUAACUUUUGCCAGUUAUUAUAAUUACUACUAGUAAGAACUGAUACAUAACUAAUACUCAGGUGUCAUUUUUCCCCCAUGUUGUUUAGAGCCAUGUAGAGACCUCUAAAGCUUCAUCUCUACAUCUCAAUGAGGUAGGUAGGUGACAUAGGCCUGAUUUAUUGAUGAAAAACUGGAACCUGAUACUUCUAGGGACUUGUUGGCAGGCCAUUCAGUGUGUCAUAUUCCCUAUGAUAAUCAUAAAAGCUCAGGCUCUUGUCUUCGAAGCCUUCCCAGAGGCAAUUUAUUUAUUCACCACAAGUUAAACAAAAUUACAUUGUAUUGAUGCUCGAAAAAGAUUUACAGACUUGCCAGGCUCUACUUAAAUAAAAAUUGAGAGAGAAUAACUAUAUAAGUAUACCUUGCUUUAUCAAAAAAAAAGUUUCAAAAAUUGUAAGUGUACUGAGUGAACUCAUUAAGUGAAGUUACUGGUGAAUCACUUUGUAAAGAGAGAAACUGUAGGAUUUAUGUUUAUUGUUUACAUUGAAACAGUUGGUACAUGAUCUUGAUCUGAAUACUAUAUUCUGCAAGCUUGUACUUAGUGAAAUGAGGAGAGAAAAGCCGUACAAAAUAUGAGAAGAAAUAUUCUAAAUGACUUAUCUAUUUCAGGCAUUGUGCUUAUCAGGUAACUAAGGAUUUUUAAAGGUGAUGGUGAGGUUUUUUCAUGUAUAUUUCUAUGCUUAUAAGUAUUUAAGUCUAUUCCAGAUGGUGUAUUUUAGUUGUCUAAGAACUUUUAAUAAUGAUGGCAAGGUUUUUCCAUAUGUAUUUAUAUAUUGAAACUAC